UCCCCCGUAUUCGCCCUCGUAUUUCCUUAUCGGGGAUGGGUUGAUGAUGCGAUCCGCCAGAGCACGUGACUUGGCCUGAAGCCAGCAGCUCGUCUUGUCUUUGCUGUCAUACUCCGUACCAAAGUUCCCUCGCAUUGAGCCCCUCUUUUCAGGACACUUUGGUAUCUGGGGCGUGAACCUCAGGACUUGGAAUUUCCUCAUGCUCUGUACGGAGAACUUACGGUAAAGAUAACUCGUUACUUUACGGAAUCCCAACCUAUCUCGACCCAAAUCCACGAAUACGGGAUCGUCACUACGGAUACAAGUAACGAAUUACCCUACCAGAACUCCAUAGAGACCAACCAGUUCUUUCGGUCCUCAGCGCUCCCCCCCCGCCUUACCUUUCUUCAAUCAAUUCCAAUCCUCAUCUCCAUUUCGUUCCAUCAGUUCAACCCCCCAGAGUUUGCAGCCCACUUAAAUCACAGAAGAAAAUAAUCUGUACUCUGUCAAGGUAUCCAAGUACCUUUGAUCAUCUUACAGACUACUCCGUACAGCCCUCGACCCUCCCAGAUUCCUUUCGGCGUCACCGCAUACGUAACACAGCACGCGACGUCUUGGCGAAUCUCAAACCGCCAGCACACCAAAACCAAGACACCCAAACACACACACAUACCUACACAUCACACCCUGCAGGAACCCAACAAGCCUCUAACCAGCCAAAGACGAGCGCGUGCGCGAGAGAGAAAGCCACCCGACUCCAGAACAUCCCCCCCCCUUCCAGGCACCAGUCCACGUCUCACACAAAACGAACUCGUGUGCACUAGCCCUUCAGCCUCACCGGGCCCCUGACCUUGACUGGGGUACACUUAUCGCAGCAGCAGCGCGUGUGAUAUAUAUCUUUCGGCCUACAAUAACCUGGUUUUUGUUUCUUUUCCCCCCGCUUUCCUUUUCGCCAUGCCUCCCACAGUUCCUCAGAUCGAUACCAAGACUUCCUCCAGUGCACCCAAGCCUCGAACCACCAUGACCCCAACUUCUGCUCAACCGCUGGCCGAGGAUGAAAUCAAGGCUUUCAAGGAUGUCUUUGCAUUGUUUGACAAGGAUAACAGUGGAACCAUCACCGCCUCGGAACUGGGCGAAAUCAUGCGAUCUCUAGGCCAGAACCCAUCAGACUCUGAAUUGCAAGACAUGAUCAACGAAGUCGACAUUGACAAUUCAGGCGCCAUAGAUUUUGACGAAUUCAUCAAAAUGAUGUCGACCACCGUCAAAGCCCAUCAUUUCGCCGACGAGACCCGCGCCGCCUUCAACGUGUUCGACAAGGACGGCAGCGGCACCAUCUCGGCCGACGAGUUGCGCCAAGUCAUGAAAUCGAUUGGUGAAAACCUCACCGACGCCGAAAUCGACGAGAUGAUCCGCGAGGCCGACAAGGAUCACAAUGGCUCGAUAGAUUACGAAGAGUUUGUCCAACUCCUUUCUCCGAAGCCUUGAAAAAAAGAAAACCUUUCCCACCAUACACUUUUUGGUCCAUAUUCAAUCCCGGAUCGAUCGAUUGGCCCGGUACGACGAGCCCAGCACGGUCCGUCCCCGGGAGAUACUCACUCGUACGGGGAUGACGGACGGGACAUCUUCAGCACACGAUCCUCCCCUCUACGGGUACCACAGCUCCCUUUUUGUUUCUUAUACCCAAAUCUUGUUCGUCUUUGUCACACGACGCUUCCAUACGGAGAAUACACAAUUGAGCAUCACAUUUAUAAAACCAAUUCACACGUCAAGGAACAAAAAACACCCCCCCCCCAAUCACUUUCCCCGCGCAGGUCAAUCAAAAAUGCUUUCUUGAAACCUUUUUUCCUUUUUCAGGACCAAUCUUGACGGAGGAAGGAUUCCGGUUUGGUACAUCCUCGAAUUGAAUCCAAAAGGGACACACAAAUUUUUCCAUGUCCAUCUGUCCACUUGCCUGUUCAACAUACCUGCCUACCUGGGAUAGAGUAGUCUGGAUAGCUUUGGAAAUACAAUAAUGGUGAAAACGAGGAAAAAAAGACCCAAACCCCCCCCCACCCCCGAGAAGAAGAGAAAGAAAAGCGCAAAGUGAACGUGACACGAUAGACUGCGGUAGUAAGGAUAACAUUUCAAAGGGUCAAGUCCCUUGUCUUUUUCAUUUGUUUGCUCGAGCAUC